CUCUGCUCUCGGCGCUGUGAGUGGCUGACUGUUCCGUGACUCAGUCUGAGACAAGCAAGUUACUGCAGUGUACGUCUGCUUCAUUCUCAGUGCGUUGCUACUUUUCUUUUGUUUUCUUUAAUUUUAUUUUUAAAAUAUGCCGAAACAGAAGGAAGAACACUGGUUCUAGUUUCCCUUUUUUACCACAUUCAAGGAAUAUAUAAUCUUCUCCAGCCUGUUUAUUAAGUUUGUAUUCUAUUCUGGAUUUGGUUUGUUUGCUUGGAAACAGGUUACACACCUUUUUACAGAGUUUUCACGUGAAGCUUGCAACAGGAGCUAUAAUUUUCUGAGGUUUGCAUGAGUCCCUGUCUUCAGAGGAGAAAGAAGUGGAGCACCGUUCAUGAUCAGCAUCCAUUGAAUUCUCUAGCCUUACCAUAAAAUACUUUGGUCUUUCCGGCCUCAGCUGGUUUUGUGAAACUGCAAAGUUACCGCAAAAUUUUAUUUUUGACAGUUCCUGCUCUGUUGCGGGUUAGUGAAGGGAGCAACUCUCCCCGACCUAGUCGUCAUGAAAAUUAUGACCCAUCAAAAUGAACUUGUCUUCCAGUUUGUCACCAGCAAGAUAGACGACAUGAACGAGCUGGGUGACCCAUCCAUAUUCCCAGCGGUCAUUGUGGAGCCAGUGCUGACAGCCGACCCAAUGCAGGUCUACUCGGGCCUGGAAUCAGACGAUGUUCCCGGUAACAUCAUGGCUGAAAGUUCCCUGAGUGCCGCAGAGGAGCAGAUCAUGAAAGGUGACCUCGGACUGUCAGAAGAUGCAUGCACUGACACUGGAGGGGACAUGGAGGCUGCAGGGACUCUACUAAAUAUGGAGCCGCCCAACAACAUUUUGGAUGAAAAGCGUCUAAGUACGUUUUUUAACGUUCAUUCUUUUGUCUCUGGGAUGGACUCUGAACUUGGUUACAUCACAUUGCAAUCAGAACAGCUAUGCACUAAGGGUGUGGAUGAAGAGUCCUUAGAUGAAGUACCACAGAAGAAUAUUUCCAAACAGCAACGGAAAAGCAAAGCGCGCAAAGCCCGCCUGACACGUCCGUGCUCUCCCAUCGUAAACCCCAGCCUACCGCUGAAGAAGAAGAACAAGGAGGGCAAAGGAAACACGAUCUACCUGUGGGAAUUUCUCCUGGCCCUGCUGCAAGACAAAAAUACCUGUCCCAGGUACAUCAAGUGGACACAGAGGGAGAAGGGCAUCUUCAAGUUAGUGGACUCCAGGGCAGUGUCGCGGCUGUGGGGCAAGCACAAAAACAAACCUGAUAUGAACUACGAGACCAUGGGAAGGGCGCUCAGGUACUACUACCAGCGAGGGAUCCUUGCCAAGGUCGAGGGCCAGAGACUGGUAUACCAAUUCAAGGAGAUGCCAACAGACCUGGUCGUCAUUGAAGAUGAUGAAAACCUCGAAGCAGAAUAUGUCCCAGGCCAAAGAGGGAACAGUGUGACAUCUCAUGGAAAGGCCGUCAACCAUGGGGCCUCCCGGCCUGAUCCAGGAAAAGCUGGAGAGAAGCUGCUGAGGUCUGUAAGGAGGAAACGGAGUCCCAACCAGAGGCACCCGGAUGAGGAAGACGGCCGAGCAGAACGUGUGCUGCAGCCAAACCAGGACGCUUCUGCUCCAGCCACUGUGCAGAUGCCAAGGACAAUCAGUGUUCCUGGCUCUGUUCAGGCCACAGUGCCCAUGAUGCUUACAUCACGCUCCCAGGACGAUGGAACCAUUACCCUGCAAACUCUACCCAUCUCUGCUGUUUUGGCCAAUGGGGGUGCGAGCCUUGCAUCUGCACAGAGGCUCAUACUGCGCCCAAUGCCCUCCAACAUGCCCACGGUGAAGGAUGUGCUGGCUUUCCCAGCGUCCACAGGGGAUGCUCUCUCUGAUGAUCCUCACUCCCAACAGCUGCUGUUCACCACCCUGUGUUCUUCUAGCCAGGGACUGGUGGGAUCUGUGGCCCAGUCAGCCUCUCUAAGCAGCCUCAACCACCUGGUUAGCCUUGACGCCAGUGGACAGGCAGCAGGGGCUAGCGGACAAUCUGAACUGGUGAUUGCAGCAGUGCUGAAAGAUGGUGAGAUACAGGACCUGCAGAUCAAAGAGGACAUUUUGGACCCAAAGUACAUACAGGCGCUGGGCGAUCGUGUGCCUCGCACAAACUCAUCGGAGAAUGAGGGCAGGGAUAGUGCAGAGGUCUCCCACGAGGAUGUCAUGGCUGGUCACGCGCUGAAAGCAGAGCCAGAGGACUUGGAGACGAGGCCCCCAAGAGAAUUAGCAGCCGCUGAGAAGCGGAGCACUUUGCUGCUCGGCAGCUUGACUGAGGGCCUGACUCCCGUGAAGGUGCUGGAGGUCCAAGGAGAAUCCACACGUCGGCAGCAGAGCCUUCAGGUCUUUCCUGCUUCUGUUCACAUGGCUGCGUCCCAUUUGAGUCUGGAUCAGGUGCAGACGUAGAACAAACCCUGGUACCAGCACAUGUACAGGAAACAAUCCAAAAGCAUCAUUUCUCUAGCAAUCUGCCCUUUCUUUCCUACAGAAGGGAAUACAUAAUUUAUUGCUUUUAAAAAGGCAUACAAUCCAGCCUUAAAAUGUAUUUACAUAUAUAGUGCCUUCAUUUGAAAUUAAGAAUUGAUUUCUCUUUUACUUUUUAAUGUUCAAUAUUACCUUCAGGUAGUGUACCGGGAUAUACUGUACUAUGACUGAUUGCUUCCAUAUUACACUGAAUAAGGAACAAUUUUUUAACCCAGGUUGUAUCUAUGACUGCUAGUUAAAUGCCUCCUAGACGGCACAUUUCAUUAAACUCUCUGUUUGAGCACUUUCUGAGUGGAUUGUGCUAUAUGGUGCAGGGAUGGAGAAAAGGAAAACGAAAGUGACAGACUGGGUAAAGUGACACAAGGUGUCAUGAAAUGCCUGGAAUAAAAUAUAAAUGUGUCACCCAUAGCAUGCCCUAAAGAACUUUCCACAAAAAAAAAAUGUUUGUUUCUAGUAUGAUGUCAGCACCAGACAGUCCAAGUAGUCAGAACUAAUUUCUGGGCUUUUAGAGAGAAGAAAUGGUGCAACCAUAAUUUGUCUGGAAGGUAGUUAGAAAUUUUGAGGAGGGGGGAAGGCGCACUCCUGACAGCCGUGCACUGUAAUCUGUUUUUCUUGAAAGCAUUUGCUUUAUAUGUCUUGUGAAUUUUGUGAAAUUGAUCACUAAUGUCUCUGUGAUUGCAAAACAUCUGGAGAUCUGUGCCAAUUCCCAGGACAUUCCAGGAUUGUUUGGCAUACUUAGGCUGUCUGGUGAGGAAUAUUAUCUCAAAGAGAUAUAAAAAUUCAUGCUGUGUUAGGGUAAGCCGUCGAUCCUCUACUCACCUAAUUGCUGGUGUCAGAAAGGUAAGUUCCCAUGAGAAUGGGCUGGUCUGUCCACGAAGAUAUGAAUUUAAAGCUGAAGACUUCCAGCUUAAAUUACUGGCUGAAGUCACAGUGAGAACUUUAAAUAUUUUUAUAGAAAAGACAAAUAUAUCGGGGGUUCAUUUUUGUCAGGUCGCAAAUGUAUUUAUUUUUUGGAUAUUAAAUGGUAUACAGUAUAUUUUAAAUAGUACAUUUUAUGAUAUAUAGAGAAAAUGAAUGUAAGGACGUGUGCAUGAAUAACAUUCCACGUUAUGAAAAUAUUUAAAAAUAUUCAUCACAAUUAAAUGCAAAUGAAGCAUAAAUUCAGGGAUUUUUACAUGGCAGAUUCCUUAUUUCAUAAAUAUCUCGAUGUUUGUGUCCUUUCCAGCUCUAUACGACAGUAAUAACUUUACAGCUUUAUGUACCAGUGAUGAUACGAACUGUAAUGGCCUCUUAAUUCAGUAGCAUGAAAUAGAAUUCCAGUUCACAGGUAUCCAUAUCCUUUACAGGUUUGAGUAUCUGAAGUGUAGGUAGGGUUAUAUGGCUUGAGUAUGACUGUUCAGCAUGUCGUUUGUAAGACAGGGUACUAGGUAUUCGGUGGGGGCUGAUAAUCCAUAUGAAAUCUAAUGAGCGGUUCAGUCUACGUUGACUGGUAUUGAUCUUGAAAUAAAGUUUGUGCUAAAUUUGUUGCAAGAAAGUGUGGGCUAGCAAUGUAUUAUUUUUUGAGAGAACCAGUUGCCUCAAUCAGCCACAAAAUGUUUAAGGUUCACCUGCAACCAAUUGUUUUAAACAUGUGGUAAACUUACAGGCUUCAGCAUACCAAAAUAUAUGGCAUUUCAAACAUACAUUAUAUUCACAGUAGUAGCAAUGGUUGAAAUAUCAUGCAUACAUAUGUGUAUCUACUGUCUCCUAACACUCAGGUGGAAUCGAUGAAUGACAUGAGCUUUUUUUUUAUCAAAGCCUUAUUACAGCACUGCUCUUCAAUCAAAACUCAUGACUGAGAGCUUUGUAAUCUUUGGGGUAGCAUGUUUGUGUCACCAUGGCAAUGUCAUGGUAACAAGCGUCAGCUCUGAUUGAUGUGUUCUUCUAACACAAAGGCAUUUUCUGCACAUUCAGACAACAGCGUCUAGGCUGCUGCGGGCUUAUAGCUGCAGAGAUGUCGUGCCUGUUUUCCAUGUCAUUGCCCAAAGGUCUAAUGCUGUUUUCUUGAAUGCGCUCACCAGAAUUUGCAAUCAAGUAUCGGAAGUCAAGAUUUUUAAAAGAGAAAUUGAUUAAAGACGUCUCUUUAAGAAGCACAUGACGAGUGCGUGAUGGUGAUUAGGCUGGAGUCGUCGUGAAAUAUGUUGCCGAUUGUGUUUUACGGAAAAACGGCGGGAUACUUUUCUGUUAUGUUUGUCGUUAUUACUGUCGUUUUCAGAUUUCUGUAUCCUCCUCAAAAAUGUUGUUUAAAACAAGAAAAUAAAUCAUUCAAACAA